GUCAGCAGUCAGUAACGCAUCACACAGCACACGUAGCAGCCCUUGUUCCAGCAAUCGCUCGCUGACAAGUCAGCAGUCAGUGACGCAUCACACAGCACACAGCAACUCUUGCUCCAGCAGUCGCAACAGGUUUGCCAUGGAGAAUAUACCGUGGACUGAGCCUGUGACAUCUUCGAAAUUUGAAGAUCUACUCGGGCUAAACAAAGGCUCUGUGGAAAGUAUAUCUAUAAAGAAUAUGACGAAGCCCGGUCAGAAUUUCGGCAGCAGCUUACUGAGUAUUGAACUAACUUUGCGAGAUGGUCAAACGCUCUACCUGGUUGGCAAAUUCAUGCCUGGAACAGAAGCGCAAAAAGCAGCUUUCGAUUCGGCGAAGACAUUUGUGAAAGAAAUACACGCGUACCGCUCCAUAAACGUCGAACUGAUUGAACUGCAGCGUGAGAGGGGCGUUCCGGAAGAGGAGAUCUGCGACCCUCUGCCGAGGUACUACGGGUCGCGGGUGAACAUCGCCGACGACGAGACGUCGGGGGCGGACGACAACGCCGUGCUCCUGCUGCAGAACCUGGCGCGCAACGGCUACCAGAUGAGAGACCAGAAGAAGGGGCUGGACUUGUCGCACGCGAGGUUGCUCGUCAACGAGCUCGCGCAGUUCCAAGCGUCGGCUGUCGCUCUCAGACUCCUCAAACCACAAGUGUUUAGCAGCCUCAUUGACGGCAAGUGUACUUUCGCUGGUAUGGGAGCCGAAGGGAACCGGCAGUUUUCCAACAGCUUUAUGGAACAUUUCAAAUCUUUUCCAGAGGUCGCGCCGUAUUACGACAGACUUAGGGCUACCAACGAUCGGGUGUGUGAUAUCUCUUUGGAGAAGCUUUGGGCGGAAGUUGUCGAACCGUACGCUUCGCUGUCGCAUAACGAUCUGUGGGUCAACAACAUGAUGUUCCUGUACGACGUCAGUGGCAAUCCGACGAGUGUGAAGUUCUUCGACUUCCAGACGCUCACCUACUCGUCGCCUGUCAGAGACCUGAUAUUUUUCCUGUACACCAGCGUACGACACGAUCUGGUUAGAAACUGUAUCGAUGAAUUAACGGCAUUAUAUUACGAGAGUUUCGUAGCCUGGCUGAAGAAAAUGGGUUGUAGCACAGAAGCGUUUACGGAGACAGCAUUCAGACAAGAGAUCGACAGGGUCGCUCCGACGGAGGUGAUGCAUAUACUGCUGUUGCUGAACGUACUGUGCGCAGACGAACACGAGAAAUUUACGCCCUCUGAUGAGCCGGAUUCAAGGCCGUCAUUUUCUUCGAGCGAAAUGUAUCGAACGAAAGCAUUAAUAACGCUUCAAGAUUUUGAUGCAAGGGGCUGGUUGUAACGGAUGUGUCAUUAAGUAUAGAUAGCAAAAUAUUUGUUCAGUGACCGUGUCAGAAUUACAUUGUAACAAAUAGUCUUGGUGCAACCCUUGUUCACUGUACGAGCAGCCCUUAGCGGCUACUGGACUCGCAUUCGGGAGGACGACGGCUCAAUCCCGCGUCCUGCCAUCCUGAUUUAGGUUUUACGUGAUUUCCCUAAAUCAUUCCAGGAAAAUGCCGGGGUGGUUCCUCGGAAAGGGCACGGCCGACUUCCUUCCCUAAUCCGAUGAGACCGAUGACCACGCUGUCUGGUCUCCUUCCCCAAAACAACCAACCAACCAACCUUAGCGGCUCGCCAUCUCACAAGUGUUCAUGACGUCGCCUCUCCAGCUCAGAUCUUUUUUAAUAUGGGACUUGUAAGUACUGCAUCUUUUCGAGUCAGUACAAACUCUAAUUUUAUUAAUGUACUAUAUACCUAAUGUUUCAGUUCAGUUAGUCUAAUUCUGAAGACGACGCUCAUAGUAGCGUCGAAACCAGGUCCAUUUUCACUUAAUAUUUGUGACCGAGGGCUUAUUUGUUACAAUAUAAAUAUUUAUCUGUUUCGCCAUACGGGAAUAUGUUUCACACGGGCUGCGUUUAAGGAUGCACCUGUGAGAAACGCUCCUACGUUUCCCCUUCCUUGUCCCAAAUCUAACGUUACAGACAUUUGGAAAAUCCUGGGGCAUACCGAAUCGUCCCCUUUGGAAAAUUAAUGAAUUACUGUGCUGGUAAACAUCUUACGUUAUUUGGUUUUCAAACAGAUGAGCAGAACUGAACGUACUCAGACAUUUCUCUCUUUACUUAUUCUGAUCAUCACUAAACUGACACACAAUAUUUUUAGCGCAACGCAAUCUGAGUUUCAAUAAUCCAUACAAAAGAAUGGAGCCGGCUAACAAUAACCUAUACCUUUCAUGAAUCGCUUACCUCACAAAAAUCUUCGUUGUUCGAACUACUGCAAUACAGCGAGCGCCAAUACUGCCAGCUAAAUAAAAGAUUCUAACUACUGAAGGCACUAACUACUGAUACGCAUAGUUGGCAAAUGAAAGAAAUACUGAAAAUAACAGAAUACUUCUUCGCUAUUCCAUUGCGUUUUUGAGAAUGUUGGACGUGUGUUUUCAUUAACCUCAGUCAAGUAAGGGAAAAAAACAUAUUAAACAACGGCUCUGUGAAUGGCAUUAUGUUGUCUAAAUACAGUUACAGAACGUUAACUGUUCAAAAUCUGAAUACAUUUCUUGUUCAGACAUUGAAUAAAAUUCGUUCCCCCAUAAGAUAAUAUUGAAAUACUAAGACAAUUAAUGAUAUCUACAUGUACAUUACAUAAUGUUCUUGUGUUGUAAAUAAUAAAACAAUUUAAAUAUCAAAUUUUAUAUAGCUUCCAGCAUUUGAUCUACCAUAUCGUUGUGUCAUACCUUAUGUUCUACAUAUUAGACCUUCAUGUCCCACGUUUCGCUGUAGAGUCCUAUCAUCUACCUAAAUUGUUGUGUCCUUCCUACUCGUCUAAUAUGGGGUGCCUGGAAAACCUGUUUUCACAGAUUGCUAACAACAAUUCAGACAAAACGUAUUAAUGAAUUUUUAUUGCAGUAAGAUAAAUGACAACACUUAAGGCAACUUGUUAGUGAGUCUGCUUAAAAAAUUCGAUUUUUUUCCAUUUUAAAUCAAUAGUUACUGUUUUGUGAAAACAAUGGUGGUUAAAUGAAUCGAUUCGGACAUCGGGGACAUCUUUGAAAACGAAUUUAAACAUAUGACGGUAUGCGGCAACGAUCGUGUUUCCGCUGCAAUCGGCUGUCAGAUGCCUCCAAAGCGUUUGCAAAAGUUUUGGAAAAUAUGCCUUAUGGAAGAACUGUAAAAAUUGAAAAGUUAGAGUGUGUUGGUCGUGUCCAAAAGAGGAUGGGCACACGUUUACGUCCGCGAAUAAAAGAUAUGAAGAUGGAAAAGCUCAGUAACGGCAAACCAAUUGAUGGUCGGGGGCGUCUUACUAAGGAAGAGGUGG